GUGAAAACGAAGAGAGCGAUGGAGUCAAUGCAACAAGAAAACGAUAUGGACUGGGAGGAAGAAAAUAGUACUGAAAGAGUGUUGAGAAACCACAAAAAUCGCACGGUUCGGGCCACAGCGGCCGAGAGAGCGGCCGAGAGAGCGGACGAGGGAAUCCGAGGCGCAGAGCAACCCGUGGAUCGUGACUUCACCAACAAAUUGGGCAUCAUCAAGGCAGAAGUUCAGAUGCAAAUCAGAAAAAUCAUGACAGAGGAGGUCGCCAAGAUGACGGCCCAGUUGACCGAAGAACUGUCGCAAGCGCGAGAGCAGCUUACCCGAGCC